CACCGUUCAUAUUACCAUAGUUCAUACUUCACAGUCUUGAGACCCGCGAACUGAUAUUCUAAGGGAAAUUAAAACGAAUAAUGUAUUAGUAUAGACGUAUUUUGUAAAUAAAAAAUGGAUGAAGAGUCCAUGCAAACAAAUGACGCACCAGAAACGGAGCAAUGUAUAAUUGAACAAGAAAAUUGUCAAAUAAACGAUGUGCCGGUUGAAAGUGAAGUUAGUGGUGGGACUUUGUAUGAGUAUCCAAGUCUGUUUACGAGUAAAACCUUGCUAGAGCUUUGCAAUUCGUCUUGGUCUCGGUCUGCAAAUGCAAAGCAAGAAGUGCAACCAUACUUACGCGGUUGUAAAUGGUCACCAGACGGUACAUGCUGUUUAACAGUAGUCAACAAUGACGGGGUUCAUCUCACAGAGGUUCCUAGGGAUCUGUAUACCGGGACUGUUUCUCCCAAUCGAACAAUUGAUGUGUUAGAUUCAACAAUCCAUGUGAAAGAGGGGGGUCUUGUGUAUGAUUUCUGUUGGUAUCCUGCAAUGAACAGCUGCAUACCAGAAUCUUGUUGUUGGCUCACCACAAGACAGAAUGCACCAGUACAGAUGUGGGAUGCAUUUGAUGGCUCUUUGCGAUGUUCCUACAGAGGCUUCAAUGCGGUGGAUGAAAUGGAGCCAGCUUUAUCUGUUACAUUCAAUGCAGACGGCACAAGAAUUAUAGCUGGUUAUAAAAAGGUGUUGCGAACCUUUGAUGUUAAUAGGCCUGGAAGAGAUUUUGCUGAGCACAAGAUAAACUCCCCUGCGUCAUGUUUUGCAAAUGAUAAUAAUCUGCUGGCAGUAGGCUCAUGGAAUACCACUGUGACUCUCUAUAAUAUGAGUGAAAUGGGAACGUACAAAAGUAUUGGAAAAAUGCAUGGCCAUUCAGGUGGUGUCACACAUUUAAAAUUCACACCAGAUGGCCUUAAAUUAGUAUCCGGAAGUAGAAAAGACCAUAGGCUACUUGUAUGGGAUAUUCGGUACUACAGGAGGCCAUUGAACAUUCUCACUAGAGUAGUGAAAACAAACCAAAGAAUUUAUUUCGACGUAUCGCCAUGCGGUAAAUACUUGAUUACCGGUGGCACUGACGGCGUUAUCAAAGUAUGGGAUCUCAAUUUGGUUAACUGGAAAGAAAGUCUAGAUAUUGAAGAUGUUGAUAAGGAUAACUCUUCUUAUAGGUUUCCGCUGCAUAGAGAUUGCUGUAACAGUAUAUCAAUUCAUCCAAUAAGGCCGAUUUUAGCAACCGGUUCGGGACAAUAUCAUUUCUACAAUCCCAUCUUAACACUCGAAGAUGGGAUGAAGAAAGAAAACGGAGAUAGUGAUCUUACCCUAAAUGACAAUGAAGAUGACGCGGUAGAUGGUGAUAUUAAAUACUCAAGUAAUUCAGAAAAUAGUUUAGUGUUUUGGUGGAUUGGUGAUAUACCUGAUAUGACCUAAUCAUAUUUUUGAUAAGUGUAUUUAAGUUUAUUUGUUUAGCGUGGUAAGAUAUGAUGUAAAAAUGUAAAUAAACAAUUUCUUAAUAUAAAAUUG